AUAAAGAUUUUGAUGGCGCUUUAGUGGUUUUUUUUUUACUCCAAUAAAAACAAGUUUCUUUUGGAGUUUUUUAAUAAAAAUUAAUAUUUAUUAUCAACUAUAAACAAUUGCUGCUAAAAGUUAAUAUAAAUAACAAAUUUAUGUUAUUUUUGAAAAAUUAUUAAUUAAAAAUGAAAAUCACGCAAGUAUUACUUAGGCAACAUUUAGGAAGGAUGUUUAAAUACAAUUGGUUUUUUCAUUCACGGCAAACAUUAGGUGAAACAGGAGCUGAUCAUAAACUUAAGGAGUUGAAUAUAUCGGUUAUUGAUCCAGAAGAACUUCUAAAUCCACCAAAACCUCGCAUACACGCAAAACCAUUUUUCGAGCACUCAAUUACCGGAUAUCGAGAAAUAAAAGACGAGAAUCAUCCAGAUUGGAAAGAAAGACCAUGUUUUAAACUAAACACUAAUGAUCUCCUAGUAAUGGGUACAGAUCAAGCUCAAGUACUAACUAAAACAUUACUCGUAAAAGAAGGAUUACCUGAUCAAAUUGAAGGUCUUAUAAAAGAUAAUUCGAAAGAAGUGGACAAUAUUGUCAAAAGAAUUAUUCAAACGUCAAAUAUUUUUGAUGCACAUCAGGAAAAGUUACCUGUAAAAAAAGAUCCUGCGAGACCAGCUUGGAAUUUUCCAAGAGAUUAUGGACUUACUGAUAUUAGAAAAUCACGAAACCUAGCACAAAGUAUGAUUCACCUCUGUGAAUUAUUAUGUGGGCCUUCAAUUGUUGGGAAACGACAAUUAGUACAUAAUGGAGAAGUUCAAGUACCACUUGAAAAAGACGGAGAUUUAUUAAUGUUCAAUAUGACAGUUGACUUCAUGGUAACAGCCACAAAGGGUUUGACUCCUAUAGAAAUUACGGAAGACCUUAAAGAUAAAACUAUACCAGAAAUUUAUCCGCUUAGUCCUAUUAUUUAUUUCCCUGAAGAACAUUUUUAUGAGCCAGUUCAUUUAUAUCCUGUGACUGAAUCGUCUCCAUGGAUCAAUCCUCAUACGAUAUUUGUGUAUCACGAUGAAGAGAAUGUAAAGAACAUAACAGAAUUACCAGUAAAAAAAAAUCAACUUAUAGCGAGAUCUCUUGUAAAAUCGUUUACAACAGCGGCUUCUUGUGCUUAUCAAAAAUAUGGAGCCGAUGUUAAAGAAUUACCGGAACCAAUAACGAUUCAAUGCAUACAAUCAAACAGUCAAGCAUUUCAUUUUUCGGUGUUUCAAUUAAACACUUUAAAUAUAAAUGGUACUGAAGGUCCAAAAAAUUUCUGGUGGUCUAUGCCAGAAAUAAAUCUUUUUGAUACGGCUAUGUAUGUUAAAGGAAGACCUGUAUUAGAAGGUUAUAAUCGAGAAGUUUUCAAAAGGAUAUUAGCAUUUUAUACUAAUGAAUAAAAAUUAUAAUUGUUUUGUAAAUAAUAAAAUUCACCAAUUAUGUAAUAAACGAUUUUUAUAAUGUU